AUCCUGCUGACGCUGGUGUCGUUUGCCGUCACCCGCAAGGCAUACGGCAAGAUCACCAAGCUGUUCAUCCGGAAUUAUGAGGAGGCCACGGGGCGCACCGUGCGCUUCCGCCUCAGCUUUGGCGGCAGCGGCACACAAGCACGCGCCGUCAUCGAUGGCAUGCCCGCCGACAUUGUGGCGCUGGCGCUGCCGCUGGAUGUCAUCAAGAUUGCGGAUGCCAGACUGCUGCGCGAGGACUGGCCCACACAGUUCCCCAACAACAGCGUGGUGGUGGAGUCGGUGUGCGCCCUGGUCACGCGCAAGGGCAACCCCAAGAACAUAAACGGCUGGGACGACCUGGCACGCGACGACGUGGCAGUGAUCACUGCCAACCCCAAGACUGCGGGGGUGGCGCGCUGGAUCUUUUUUGCGCUGUGGGGCGUGAAGCUAAAGAAGGGCAAGCAGGCGGCCAACGAUUAUGUGUUUGACCAGGUGCUGGUUCAGCCGCGGGAUGCCCGUGAGGCCUCAGACGUCUUCUAUCGCCAGGGCAUGGGCGACGUGCUGCUGACGUAUGAGAAUGAGGCCAUCUUCACAAACCUGGUAGUGAAGGAGAAGGAGCGCCUGCCAUACAUCGUGCCAGACAACAACAUCCGGAUCCAGUGCCCGCUGGCGCUGGUGGACCACAACCUGCGGGAUGCGCCGCUGGAGCAGCGCGAGGCCGCCUCCGCCUUCUGCCGCUACCUGUACACCAAGGAGGCGCAGCGCGAGUUUGCGGCCUGCGGCUUCAGGACGCCCUACAAGGAUCUGUCUGAGGAGUUUGCGCUUCAGCCGGUCAAGGGGCUGUGGACGGUGGAGAAGCGGCUGGGCGGGUGGAAGGAGGUGCAGAAGGAGUUUUUCGAUGAC